CAUCUAGUCAUUUAUUACUUUUUGUACAAAGUACCUACUUAUUAGUACCAAGUACGAGUAAACAGCAACCAAAUAACCGCCCGUAAAUACAUAAAAAAGGAAAACCUUCAGAUUAUCAUUCAUCACAUCCAUCACAUCCAUCACUUUUCUCAUCAACAUCAAUCUGAAAUUACGGCACCACGAGAGUGUCACUCAUCAGUGUCACUAUCUCAGCCGAAAAUGAAUACAACCAAAAGAAAAUUCAACGCCCUCCUUAAUGGCUUGGGAAGCAAAAAGUCGGAUUCCUCCUUAUCAGCACACGAAGUCAACAAAAUUCCCGAGAAACCUCAAAAUGAUACAGAUUCCAAUAUGAAGAAACCACGAAUUUCUUAUUCUUCUUCAAACGCGACUCGAUUAUCUUCUUUAACUCGCGCAUCAUCUGUCGCCCCAUCCGAAUUUGAUAGCGCCCGUCAGAGAUUGGCACCCGUUCAUAAACUCUCUGCCACUCCCGUCUCGCCCGCAGAGCCUCCCAAAUGGACCCCAUAUGAUCGCGGGGAAUUUCUCAAAAGAUUAAAGUCUUUCUCGAAUUUAACGGAUUGGACGCCAAAACCAGCAAAAGUUAAUGAAGUGGAAUGGGCCAAGAGAGGAUGGGUUUGCCAGAAGAAGGAGAGAGUUCGAUGUUGUUUCUGCAAUGUAGAGAUUCUGGUUAAGCUAAACAAGAAAGAAGAAGACGGGAAGGAGAAGGAAGUUUAUAUCGCGGAAAACAUUGAAAAUGCGCUGGUCGAUAAAUAUGUUGAACUUAUUGUCGCGUCUCAUGACGAGAGUUGUCCAUGGAGACAGAGAGGGUGCGAUGAUGUCAUAUUUAAGCUACCCCUCAAUAAACCUGCAGUUACCAUACAAAGCCUUCGCGAACGUUACGAUGAACUCCAACAAAGAAUCGACCACCUACCAUACCUAUCUAAUAUGUCACCUCCUGAAGGUCUUGAUAUUGAUCGCGUUACAAGCUAUCUCCCCCAAGAAUUUCUCCAAUCGUCUUCUGGAUCAGGGCAAAUAAGUUCUCCGGACAAUAUCAAUAAAGUGGCUUUAAUGAUGUCUCUUUGUGGCUGGCAAGGUCACAAGCAUGAUCGUCUAGGUCAACAACUCGAAUCUGUCUCAUGUCAAACAUGUUACCGAAUUCUUGGUCUCUGGAUGUUCAAAAGUAGAUCUAUUUCUGCUACAGGUGUAGAAACCGAGCCAGCUAUUGUCCCUGGUCUCGAUCCUAUCGCCCAACAUCGCGAAUAUUGUCCUUGGCGCAACCCAGUAUCACAAAAUGGACUUGCCGCUACGCAGAAUCAAAAACUAAGAGCGCUUGCGGGAUGGGAAGUUGUGCUCCGAGUGUUGAAGAGUGAGCAUGGAUUGAGAGUUGGCAGAGAAAAGAAUGAAAAGGGUUCAAGGAAAAGUUAUAUUGCACCAGCAACGAGCGAGAGUAUCGAUGAAAAUGGUAAUGAUUUGGCACCUGAUUUCGCAGAUGAAGAGGAUGCAAAGAGUAUUAGGGAUGCAAAGGAUAAGGAUUUAAUGACGAGAUUGAGAAGGGUCAAGACAUUUAUUGCAUUGAAGAAGCGACCCAGUGGAGACGUCAAAACCAAGAGGUUUAGUGCUACUUGAUGGCGGGCAUAGAAGGUAUUUUGCCCAAGGCAGAAAGUGGAGAAGUAGAUUAACGAUGUACGAUCACGAGUAGGAGAGCUUAUGGGUAUUGUUUUCAUCGCGUUGGCGCUGUAGUGGAGUUCAUUUCCUUCAUGCUUGCAUCUAGCUCAGGUCAACAGGUGUAAGGGGGUACUGGUAUAGCUGCACAGGCUCAUUUAUUGAAAGAUUGACAAUGAUCCUCUGUUGGAAAGUGCAGCGGUAUGGUAUUUUUUUCGUUAUUGGGUUUUUUGGGCGGAAGGAUUGUAGUAUAUGGGAAUAUUUGCUUUAACAUUGAGAUAGGGUAUCUGGGACACGUGCAGUAUAAUAUAAUAUGUGCAAGAUUGGGCGUCGGGUUGCCUAUCAACGUGAUGUGAGAUUAUAAUGUUCGUGCUGUAUAUUCUGAGC